AUGGCUAGCAUCACUUCCACCGCCUUUAGGCAGGCGGGUCGCCUAUGCCGUCACACAACAGGACCUGGAAUUCCCUCGCGAGGGAUUUCCUCAUUAUCAAGGGUGGCGACAGCUCCUGCGCAGAGAUUAUCUCAGCAGCGCAGAUACGUCUCCGAGACGAAGCGUGAUAAUGCACAGGUCAACGUCGAGACGGCUAUCAAACUCGACAAGAAGGACUUCAUCGAUGUCGUACCCCAGUCUCCCGAUGCACCAAACGUCAUGGUUAGCCCCAUGGCCGAGGUGCUGAAGCAAGUCACUACGAUGGAGGAGGGCCAGCGUCCUAUCUAUCUGGACAUGCAAGCCACGACUCCCGUCGAUCCCCGUGUCCUCGACGCUAUGCUACCGUUCUAUACUGGCAUCUACGGCAACCCCCACUCGAGAACACACGCCUACGGAUGGGAGAGUGAACAGGCCGUUGAGACGGCACGGCAGCACAUUGCGAAGCUCAUCGGUGCCGAUUCCAAGGAAAUCAUUUUCACCAGCGGCGCCACCGAAAGCAACAACAUGAGCAUCAAGGGUGUCGCGAGAUUCUUUGGCAGAUCGGGCAAGAAGAGGCACAUUGUCACAUCGCAGACUGAGCAUAAGUGCGUCCUGGACAGCUGCAGGCAUCUUCAGGAUGAGGGCUUUGAAGUCACGUAUCUUCCUGUCCAGAACUCUGGUUUGAUUGACAUGGACGAACUGGCUGCCGCUAUCCGCCCCGAUACUGCUCUUGUCAGCAUCAUGUCCGUCAACAACGAAAUCGGUGUCAUUCAGCCCUUAGAGCAGAUUGGAAAGCUCUGCCGGGAGAAGAAGACGUUUUUCCACACCGACGCUGCCCAAGCUGUCGGAAAGAUUCCCAUGGACGUCAACGCUAUGAACAUCGACUUGAUGUCCAUCUCGUCCCACAAGAUCUACGGCCCCAAGGGUAUUGGAGCUUGCUACGUCCGCCGGCGGCCGAGAGUUAGGCUCGACCCUAUCAUCAGCGGAGGUGGACAGGAGAGAGGCCUGCGAAGCGGCACUCUCGCCCCGUCGCUGGCUGUCGGCUUCGGCGAAGCGUGCCGCAUCGCGUACGAGGAAAUGGAGUACGACUCGAAGCGCAUUAAGGCGCUAUCCGAUCGUCUCCUCAACGGUCUCCUCUCGAUGGAGCACACGUCACAAAACGGUGACCACGAGCACUUUUACCCUGGAUGUGUAAACGUUUCGUUCGCCUACGUAGAGGGCGAGUCUCUCCUCAUGGCUUUGAAGGAUAUUGCCUUGUCUUCUGGCAGUGCUUGCACGUCUGCGUCUUUGGAGCCCAGCUACGUCUUGCGUGCGCUAGGCAACAGUGAUGAGAGCGCCCACAGCAGUAUCCGAUUCGGUAUUGGACGUUUUACAACCGAGCAGGAGAUUGAUUACGUUCUCAAGGCCGUCAAGGAGCGGGUCGAUUUUCUGCGUGAACUGAGCCCUCUUUGGGAAUUAGUUCAGGAGGGUGUCGACCUGAACACGAUCCAGUGGAGCCAGCAUUAA